AUGAAGGCCUCCACCAUCCUCCUCCUCGCUGGCGCUUCUCUCGCUGUUGCUGCCCCCGUCGCACAGCCUGAGGCCGAAGCAGAGGCCAGCAUCUCCUUCCUCGAGUCCGCCCACUACAAGAGAGAGGCCAAUCCCAAGGCCGAGGCCGAGCCCGCCAUCAACUUCCUCGAGUCGGUUCACUACAAGAAGGAGGCUCAGCCGGAGGCACAACCCGCCAUCGAGUUCGAGGACUCCGUGCACUACAAGCGCGAAGCCGAGGCUGAGCCUGCUAUCAAUUUCUUGGAGUCCGUCCACUACAAGAAAGAAGCUGAGCCCGCUAUCGAAUUUCUGGAAUCCGUCCACUACAAGAAGGAAGCGGAGCCUGCUAUUGAGUUUGAUUGA